UGGAUUUGUUAUUUAUUUACUUCUCCAUUUCCCUCGCUUUUCAUCCAAGCUGCUAUUCAGUGUCAAAACCGCCAUUUCUGUCAAAUGUCUAAACAACCAAAAUAGACAAAGCAUGGAUUACGAGCAGAGAAUAAUGACAGCAGCUUCGAUCAUAAUCGACGCCGACGCACGCGCCGAUGACGUGACCAUAAACGCUGCAGAAAUUGGAGUUACAGCGACACUGAAACCUCACCAAGUGGAAGGUGUCUUUUGGCUUAUACGGAGAUACCUUCUCGGCGUGAACGUUAUACUAGGAGAUGAGAUGGGAUUGGGAAAAACUUUGCAAGCUGUAUGUUUCCUAAGUUAUUUAAAAGCUCAGCAGAUAUCAGCUGGACCGUUUUUGGUAUUAUGCCCUCUAAGUGUUACAGAUGGCUGGAUCUCAGAGAUGGCCAAAUUCACUCCAAAACUGAAGGCCCUUAGAUAUGUAGGUGACAAAGACCACCGGAGAAAUCUACGCAGAAACAUGUACCAGCAUGUAAAAAAUCAUCCCUCAUCAACUGAUAACUGUUUACAGGGAUCGUUGUUACCUUUUGAUGUGCUGUUGACAACCUAUGACAUAGCGUUGAUGGAUCAAAACUUUCUUUCUCAAAUUCCUUGGCAUUAUGCAAUAAUUGAUGAAGCUCAAAGACUUAAAAAUCCUUCCAGUGUUCUGUAUAAUGUCCUCAAUGAGCGGUUCCUCAUGCCUAGACGGCUAUUGAUGACGGGCACUCCUAUCCAGAAUAAUCUCAUUGAACUCUGGGUUUUGAUGCAUUUUUGCAUGCCUUCAGUGUUCGGGACACUCGAGCAGUUUCUUUCCACGUUCAAAGAAGCUGGAGAUCCUACAUCAGAUCUCGAUGCAGCCAAGAUCAAGAGGCAAUUGAAGACUUUAAAAUGCAUGUUGACAGCCUUCAUGCUUCGGAGAACAAAAUCUAAGCUUAUAGAGGCUGGCAACCUAGUACUGCCACCACUUACAGAGGUUACUGUGAUGGCUCCACUGGUCAGCCUGCAAAAGAGGGUUUAUAUGUCAAUAUUGAGGAAGGAGCUCCCAAAACUUCUUGCAUUGUCGUCUGCAGCUUCUAAUCAUCAAUCUCUACAGAAUAUUGUAAUACAACUACGAAAAGCAUGUAGCCACCCUUACCUCUUUCCUGGUAUCGAGCCUGAGCCAUACGAAGAGGGUGAACACCUAGUUCAGGCUAGUGGAAAGCUUAUAAUUUUGGACCAAUUACUUAAGAAGCUGCAUGGUUCUGGACACCGUGUCCUUAUCUUUGCUCAGAUGACCCAUACGCUUGACAUUUUACAGGAUUUUCUGGAGUUGCGCAAGUAUUCCUAUGAGCGUCUUGACGGUUCAAUUCGGGCUGAGGAGCGAUUUGCUGCCAUUAGAAGUUUUAGUGGACAAGCAAUGAAGUUGAAAUCUGAAUUUGAGGAAAAUAGUGCCUUUGUUUUCAUGAUAUCUACAAGAGCUGGAGGAGUUGGCUUAAAUCUUGUGGCUGCAGACACGGUUAUAUUCUAUGAGCAAGAUUGGAAUCCCCAGGUUGAUAAGCAGGCUGUGCAGCGAGCACACCGGAUUGGUCAAAUGAAUCAUGUGUUGUCUAUAAACUUGGUUACACGGCAUACUGUAGAAGAGGUUAUUAUGCGGAGGGCAGAGAAAAAAUUGCAGCUUAGUAAUAAUGUUCUGGGGGAUGAUGUUAUGGAACAGAAAGGGAAAGAGCCAGUAGGAGUUGAGACUGUUGAUUUGCGAUCUAUCAUAUUUGGGUUACAUAUUUUCGAUCCCUCAGAGAUCACUACUGAAAAACCAGAUGAACUAAACAUGCCAGAAUUGAAUGCUAUGAUAGUGAAAGUAAUUGGAAUUCGUGAUGAUCAAGGAUUGGCAAAGGAUGGUGGGAAAUAUAAGCUAGAUCAAGUUGAUCAAAAGAAAGGAUUUGAUGUGGUUACUGGGGGAAAUUCUGCUUUUAUCAAUUAUGAUCCUGGUCUUGAUGAGGCAUCUUACCUCUCAUGGGUGGAAAGAUUUAAGGAAGCCUCACAAUCAAGUGGCAAUAUGGUCUUGGAUUUGGGACAUAGGAGGAGUUUGCCUGAGGAUAAGCAUCUUAAACUUGAGGCAGCAAAGAAGAAAGCAGAGGAGAAAAAGUUAAAUAAGUGGGAAUCCCUUGGAUACCAUUCAUUGUCUGUUAAAGAUCCUGAAGCUGUGGAUGGUGAUGUACUGUCAGAAUCAGGUUUUCUUCAUUUUGUUGUUGGAGAUUGUACAGAACCAGCAAAAGUCUGCCCAUCUGAACCUACUGUCAUAUUCAGUUGUGUGGACAAUUCUGGAAAUUGGGGCCACGGAGGAAUGUUCAAUGCACUGGUGAAGCUGUCUUCAAGCGUCCCCAAUGCGUACGAACGGGCAUCCGAGUUUGGGGACCUUAAUCUUGGUGAUCUCCAUCUUAUAAGAAUUAACGAGGACUCUGAGACACAAAGCACAGAAGGUGAUUCUCCUCAAUGGGUGGCUUUGGCUGUUGUGCAAUCAUAUAAUCCCAGGCGUAAAGUCCCCCGCAGCAAUAUCUCUAUUCCUGACUUGGAGCAUAGCCUAUCCAAGGUUUCUUUUGUGGCAGCUCAAAACUAUGCCUCAAUUCAUAUGCCUCGGAUUGGGUAUGGCGACGGAUUAGAUCGGUCACAGUGGUACACUGUGGAACGUCUUCUACGAAAAUAUGCUUCCAUUUAUGGCAUAAAUAUCUAUGUGUAUUAUUAUCAACGAUCUUCUUGAAGCUUGGGGGUGACACUAAUUGUGAAUUGUGAUGUCCUCCAGUGUUUGUAGUUGCGACUUCAUAGAACAAGAUGAAAUUAACAUUUUACUAAUUAGCAGGAUGCAUUUAGGCUCGUUUUUUGAGGAACAUGGACCCUUGUUCUACCAUAUGCUUUAGCAUUUUAAGAAAGUUGGGAUCAGAUUAUUGAAGAGGAGCAUUGGUCUAUACGAAGAAGUUUUGAUCUGAUAUGCGUUUGGUGGCGAAGCAAGAACUUACCUUUGUUUAUUACAUUUUGUCUGGCAAACCUUGUUAAGGUUUUGGAACUCCAUCUCUGCUAGGGAAGGAAAUACUAAUUAGAGUAGGUUUUUCAAUUUAUUUUUAAAAUUUCCACAA